CCACCUGAAAUAAAAGAUCUCCGGGCUAAGAACAAUUAUAAAACCUUCAUUACUUUGCUCUUAAGUGCUACAAAAAUAAAAGAGAUGAGCAACCUCGAGGGUUCCUCCGGUCAAAUGAAGUUAGAAAUUGUGGAUGAAGAUGACAAUGAUUCCAUAGGUUUCAACACCGAUGACAAUGAGCCUCCCGAAAUUGAAAAAAACACAAAAAUAGUGUGUUCUCCAAAUUUAAAAUAUGUUGCAACUUGGGACUAUUUUAAAGAUAUAGUUUGCGUAUAUUCCAUCAGAGGACAGGGGGACCCUAAAUAUAGAGCCUCAUUUACGUUUAAUAUACUCGAAACACUCCGGGAAUCUAAUCCGAAAUUAAAUGGAUACUUCAUUGAUCUCCUUGAUGUAUCCGAUAAGAGUCACGUCAUUAUACGCGCAUCAUUAAACGAUACUUCUGGAACCACAGAUGAGUUGGUUCUUGUCGAUGCGAAAAAUCCACAAAAUUUGAAGUGCAACUUAUUAAAAAACUCCGGUAAUUGGGGGAAAUUAAUCGAUAGAUCCUUUAUCGUAAACCAAAACUACACGGAGUAUGUGAUUGUCAGAAGGAGUGGAAAUGUUGCUACCGGUUACUUGUUCACUGAAUUAGACUGGAAAUGUAAAAAUAUAUUUCGGAUUCCCGAUUUUAAUACAGAUGAUUAUAUCAAAAUAAGUGCAGAUGGGAAGCUAUUCCUAUACCGUAGUAACAUACACAUACUUAUGCAAUGGGACGUUAAAUCCUUAAAAUUUGAGAAAGAAUGGGCCUUAGAAUGGAGCUUCACUUCUCCACGUGGCUUCAUUGUCGGAAACAAGAUUAUCAAUGAAAACAUCCCUUAUUUGGCAAUUUGGGAUAACAAAAAUAUUUACACGUGCUCAUUGGAAGAACAACGUAUUGUAGCAUCAUAUACCACUGAAUACGAUAUAAAAGAAUGUUACUUUCUUUCAUCAAACGUUGGGGUGUAUUUGUUUGUUGUAUGCUCUAAAAAUAGCCGGAGUCAUUCAUAUUAUUUACUCGAUCCAUACACUCUAGGCAAAAAAAUUGAUGCAAAAAUUUUAAUGGAAUCAUCAGAAGGCACCGAAAAAAAGGUUGACCCGGACUUUGUGCAAAAUGAA